AAAAAUGUCAUGACAACAUCUAAAUGUAUUUUAAAUUAAGAAUCUUGACUUUCUGCUCUAUUUUGUUGGUCAAUAAAAGAAAAAUCAACUCGGUCAAUUAAGUUGAAAGAUUUCAUCUUCCAGCGUGUAGCGUUGCCAUUGGCUGAGGCCUCACCCUCCUCUCUUUGACGAUUAACGCAAACAGCUACUCUAACCCACACAGCAGCUUGCACAUUCCAUCGUAGUUCUCCACCCGAAGCGGACACAGCGAGAGGAUCUGCACGGGCUCUGAGGUGAAUUUCUCCCCAUCAGAAUUGCAUUCUCAUCACGGUCACAAACACUGUCAUCACCUUCUUUUUGAACGACAUAAGAGUUUUGCUUCGUGCCCCGUGACGAGUCAAUCGAUACAAUGGUCUUGAUCAGUCUUGCCGUAGUAGUGGCUACCGUGCUGCUCGCCGCCGCAUCGGCCAACACAUCAUGCCACGGUGAGGACUGGGAGUCCAAGACCUUGGAGCAGCGAGCCAUGGAGGCAAAGUGGGUCGCCUUCAUUCAGGUGGUCACCAACGAGAUGGCAUUGAUGUCAUCUGAGAACGCCACAGCCUCUAAUAGCCAAGUCGUGGUGAAUAUCUCCUGCUGGUUGAAGAAGGGUGACGAAUCAUCAAUGGAUGACGAUGAGGGAGACCCACCGCAGACAGGCGACGCCCCGGCCACCGGUGACGAUGCUGGUGACGACGACAGCGACCACCAUGGCGGCGCCAACGACGGCAACAUGACCGUCCCUGACGCGGGUCAGAACAUCACCAUCAUCCUGGAGAAGGUCAACUGCAAAUCCCACACUCUCGAAAAGGGCAAGAAGUACGUGUUGUUCAUGGAGAAGUACAACAUGGCGAAGAACAACGAGACCACAAUGUUUAAGAUCGUCAACGUCAACCAGGAGUCUGGUGCCCUGACCGAGCCGAGGGAUGCCGACUUUCAGGCCCUGCACCGUGGGAUCGACUCCGGAAUGACCGGGAAACCAGACGGGGAAUGUGUCGACGGUGUCGAGAUUCCUUGUUUCGAAGGCGACUAUGACAAGGAAGUCUGCGACGGGGCCUCGUCUCUCGUGGCGACGAUGAUGGCUACCUUUGCUGCGGCCAUUUUGGCCACUGCUACACUUUAAACCCCCUAAACCACUUGCCAUACACCACCCCUCCCGACAACGGCCGAGGAACAGUCGCAAUCGGCCGCAGUGUAUAAAAGGAUUGGCUUUUACAAGGACUGAACAACAUUCAAAACAACCAUCCCGA